GCCACCAGAACCCACCCCACAGGUCAUGUGACCACAGGGUAUAAAUACAAGCCGGAGCGCCGACACGUCCCGACUCUGGUCAAGUGUGCGAGGAGGCCUUAAUACGACGUCUUCCGCCCGAACAAUCCGCCAAUAUGCGCGAAUGCAUUUCCAUCCACGUGGGGCAGGCGGGCGUGCAGAUGGGCAACGCCUGCUGGGAACUGUACUGCCUCGAGCACGGCAUCCAGCCCGACGGCACGAUGCCCUCCGACAAGUACGUGGGCGGCAGCGACGACUCCUUCAACACCUUCUUCAGCGAGACGGGAUCGGGGAAGCACGUGCCCAGGGCUGUCUUCGUGGACCUCGAACCUUCGGUCGUCGAUGAAGUCCGCAUCGGCGUGUACCGGUACCUGUUCCACCCCGAACAGCUGAUCACCGGGAAGGAAGACGCAGCCAACAACUAUGCUCGAGGUCACUACACCAUCGGCAAGGAGAUCGUUGACCUCGUCCUGGAUCGGGUCAGGAAGCUGGCGGAUCAGUGCACCGGCCUUCAGGGAUUCCUCAUCUUCCACUCCUUCGGCGGCGGCACGGGCUCCGGCUUCACCUCCCUGCUCAUGGAGAGGCUCUCAGUCGACUACGGGAAGAAGAGCAAGCUGGAGUUCGCUAUCUAUCCGGCGCCGCAGGUGGCGACGGCCGUCGUAGAGCCCUACAACUCCAUCCUGACGACGCACACGACGCUCGAACACUCCGACUGCGCCUUCAUGGUGGACAACGAGGCCAUCUACGACAUCUGCCGCCGCAACCUGGACAUCGAGCGCCCGACCUACACCAACCUCAACCGCCUGAUCGGCCAGAUCGUGUCGUCCAUCACGGCGUCGCUGCGCUUCGACGGCGCGCUCAACGUGGACCUGACGGAGUUCCAGACCAACCUGGUGCCGUACCCGCGCAUCCACUUCCCGCUGGUGACCUACGCGCCGGUCAUCUCGGCCGAGAAGGCCUACCACGAGCAGCUGUCGGUGGCCGAGAUCACGAACGCCUGCUUCGAGCCGGCCAACCAGAUGGUCAAGUGCGACCCGCGCCACGGCAAGUACAUGGCCUGCUGCCUGCUGUUCCGCGGCGACGUCGUGCCCAAGGACGUGAACGCCGCCAUCGCCUCUAUCAAGACUAAGCGCACCAUCCAGUUCGUGGACUGGUGCCCCACGGGCUUCAAGGUGGGCAUCAACUACCAGCCGCCCACGGUCGUGCCCGGCGGCGACUUGGCCAAGGUGUCGCGGGCGGUGUGCAUGCUGUCCAACACCACCGCCAUCGCCGAGGCGUGGGCGCGCCUCGACCACAAGUUCGACCUGAUGUACGCCAAGCGCGCCUUCGUGCACUGGUACGUGGGCGAGGGCAUGGAGGAGGGCGAGUUCACGGAGGCGCGCGAGGACCUGGCCGCCCUCGAGAAGGACUACGAGGAGGUCGGGAUGGACUCGGCCGAAGAGGAGGCCGACGACAACGAGUAUUAGCCCCGACGGCGCUCCGAGUGGUGGAUUCACACACACACACACACACACACACACACACACACACACACACACACACACACACACACACACACACACACACACACACACACAAACACACACACACACACACACACACACACACACACACACACACACACAAACACACACACACACACACACACACACACACACACAGACACACACACACACACACACACACACACACGUACGCUCCUGACACUGUAGACAGCACAACUACCCACUGAAAACGAAAGCUUAGAAGCGAUAUUUCAUCAAGCCUUAUUGCUUUACCCAAAAUGUCAAACGCCAGACGUCACGGGAUCUCCCACCGCAGUCGAAGCCACUGGAUUUCCAACCGCCUCGCUCACACGCCCCUCACCCUCUCCCCUCCUCUUCCCUCGGCAGAAGAAGAACGAAACAAAUGAAAAAAGUAAGACGAAAGGAAUUAAUAAAAAAGAUCUAUGUACCCACCUGUCUCCGAAGCUUCCCUUGACGCUUCAUCGCCUGCAGUCGGUGCUUCGUAGAACAUCAUAAUUAAAUCGCAGUUAAAUCCCACUUUCUGUUUCAUUUCCUCGAGACAGCGGAUUUCUCAUUCGGUCGCGUCUUUCUAUUUUAUUAUCAUCUUUAUGGUUACUCAUUAUCAGCUCUAUGUUAUCAGUUGAUCUCUCAGUAAACGGACGAUUUUGAA